AUUGGCUGUACGAACACUUGGGGGAGGGAUAAAGUAUCGUUUUAUCGUUUACCCGCCAUAAUUACAAACCAAGGUGAGAAAACACAGGAAAUGUCCGAGAGACGGAGGAGAUUAUGGCUUUCACGUAUUAGCAGGGCAGAUUUGACACCAUCGUCUUACCCCUAUGUACGAGUCUGUUCCGACCAUUUUGAAUCAGGAAAGCCAGCACCACUCUAUAGAGAGGCAGACCUUGACUGGGGGCCAUCUGUAAACCUUGGACACCAGAAAGUACUGGCCACGCCCACAUUAACAAGAGGAAAGAGACUGAAAGAGAGGAAAGGGCGCAUUAAGUGUGUGGAAGCUGCUAAGUCCUUGAUAUCUUUGUUCGACGCCCGGGAAUCUGAACUCUGUGAAGAGGCUUGUGUCGGUGUAGAUUCAACCAGUUCUACCAGUGCUUCUGAUUCAGAUGUGACAGAAUCCGAGACCGACAUCGGGAAAUGCACCCAAACAGACUUAACUAGUGAUGUUAUAGGUGCUAUGAACUCUGAACUUAACCGUUUGACAGUUGAAAAUAUCCAGCUGAGGGAGAAACUAGCCAGUGUUACCAUAUCAGAAGACACAUUUAAGGACGAUGAUGAGAAAGUUAAGCUAUUUACAGGACUUCCGGCAUUUUCUGUUUUGAUGACUUUGUUUUCAUUUAUUGAGUCUGCAAUCCCCCAGGGAAAGCAGAGUUUUCUGUCAAAGUUCCAGAAACUAGUGAUGGUUUUAAUGCGUUUAAAACUCAAUUUGCCAGUGAGUUAUUUGGCUGAGAAGUUCCGGUUAUCAUCAGGAAGUAUAUCUAGGAUCUUUCUUUCUACAUUGCAUGUCCUACAUUGCAAACUCCAUCCCUUGAUUUACUGGCCAACCCAGGAUGAACGAAGAUUAACAAUGCCCAUGGGGUUCAGAAAGCAUUUUGGACUUAAAGUGGCCAUAAUUAUUGACUGCUUUGAACUUUUCAUUGAAAGGCCUUCCAAUUUAGAAGCCCGUGCACAAACCUGGUCAUCAUAUAAGCACCAUAAUACCGUCAAGUUUUUAAUUGGGAUAUCACCACAGGGAGUCAUAUCCUUCAUCAGUAAAGGGUACGGUGGCCGGUCAUAUGACAAACAUAUUAUAGAGACUGUGAAUUGCUAG